GGAAAUUGUCAAAGAAUGGGCACUGGGAAUCAUUCUGCAGCAGUUGUGUUUGUCUUGGUGGGAUUGACACAGCAGCCUGAGCUCCUGCUGCCCCUCUUCCUUCUGUUCCUGGGCAUCUAUGUGGUGACAGCAGUGGGGAACCUGGGCAUGAUCCUGCUCAUCACAGUCUGCCCACUGCUGCACACACCCAUGUACUAUUUCCUCAGCAGCUUAUCCUUUGUUGAUCUCUGCUAUUCCACUGUCAUUACACCCAAAAUGCUGGUGAACUUCCUUGGGAAGAAAAAUGAGAUUGUCUAUUCAGAGUGCAUGGCCCAGCUCUUUUUCUUUGUAGUCUUUGUGGUGGCUGAGGGUUACCUCCUGACUGCCAUGGCAUAUGAUCGCUAUGUGGCUAUCUGCAGACCAUUGCUGUAUAAUGUGAUCAUGUCCUCCAGACUCUGCUCGCUGUUGGUGCUGGUUGCCUUCAUCCUUGGCCUUUCAUCUUCUGUGGUACACACAAGUGCUAUGAUGAAUCUGAGCUUCUGUAAAUCACACAUCAUAAGCCAUUACUUCUGUGAUGUUCUUCCCUUGCUCAAUCUCUCCUGUUCUAGCACAUAUCUCAAUGAGCUUCUUGUGUUUAUCAUUGGAGGGCUCAACAUCUUGGUGCCCACUCUAGCUGUUGCUAUUUCCUAUGUCUUCAUCUUCUGCAGCAUCCUUCACAUCAAGUCAUCAAAGGGCAGGUCUAAAGCAUUUGGAACCUGCAGCUCUCAUCUCAUGGCUGUGGGGAUCUUCUUUGGCUCUAUCACCUUCAUGUAUUUCAAGCCUUCUUCAAGUAACUCUCUGGAGCAAGAAAAAGUGUCUUCUGUGUUCUAUACCACAGUGAUCCCUAUGCUGAACCCAUUAAUAUAUAGUUUGAGGAACAAGGAUGUGAAGAAAGCAUUGGGUAGAUUUUUUGUAGGGAGAUAA